AUGUCUGUUCGAGUCGUUGCCCGCAUACGUCCGCUCCUCGACAAAGAGCUCGACAAGGACGUGAUUGUUCGUGCUGACAGCACCGAGGAUGGCAAGCAAGCCUCCAUCGUCAAGAUCCCUAAUCCCAAGAAUGGCGCCGAGGAGUUCUCCUUCGCUUUCAAUAGCGUGUACGACCGGCCGACAACGCAGGAGCAACUGUUUACUGCCGAAGGUAAGCUCUUGUCUCUCUCUCUCACCCCCGACGGCCAUCGAACCCCAACCGGGAGGCUUUCGCUCGGGGAUCCUAGACGCGUCCGCAUCGUUCCGUCCGUUGACGCCUUUUUGUCCAACCCUUGCCUCUUAGUCGCACCUCACCUCAAGUCCCUCUUUCAGGGGCUGGACGUGACCAUCUUCGCCUAUGGCGUUACCGGAACGGGCAAGACGCAUACGAUGCGAGGUGGCCUCAAGCUCGCCGACCGUGGCGUGAUUCCUCGGCUUCUCAGCGGUGUCUUCCGCCGUAGCAAAAAGAUCACAAAGGAUAGCGGCGGUGAAACUCAGAUCAAGGUUGACCUCUCGUACUACGAAAUCUACAACGACAAGGUCUUUGACCUCCUUGAACCCAUUGAGAAGAGGCAGCCCUCGGGCCUCCGGUUGUGCGAAAAGGACAACAAGACCUACGUUGUUGGCUUGACGGAGCGGCCGUGCGAUGACCUUAGGGACUUUGAGAGGCUCUACAUCGAGGCGAAUAAUAACCGCAUCACGGCGGCCACCAAGCUCAAUGCUCACAGCAGCAGGAGCCACGCGAUUCUGCGCGUCAAGCUGACCCAGAUCACGGGCGGCAUGAUUCGUGAGAGCACCGCGUCUGCGAUCGAUCUUGCCGGUUCCGAAGACAACCGCCGCACCGAAAACAAUCGGGAGCGCCUUGUUGAAUCCGCAGCCAUCAAUAAGUCGUUGUUCGUUUUGAGCCAGUGCGUGGAUGCCAUCUCCCGAGGCGACAAGCGCAUCCCGUACCGAGAGUCCAAGAUGACACGCAUCCUCUAUCACCUCGACACUCUCAGCAGUCUCAACGUGAGCUCCCGCGCGAAGCGAAUCGAAGUUCGAGAGAUCGAAAACGAAGUCGUCUUCAAGCAGAUGCCCCGCGCUACCUCCAUCCUCUCGAGCGCCGGUGCCCAGCGUCAGCCCCUCCGGCCGCUCGCGAACGCGCACAACGUGCACAGCGGCGCCGCCGUGGCCAAGGCGGCGGACCCGAAUAAGCCCGCCAAGGCAUUCAACGUCUACGCCGACCGAGCCAAGCCUUCGCUCGUGGCUCGCCCGCUGGCCAAUACCGCGCAAGUCCGGAGAUCCAACUCCACGAAGCGACAGUCCGAGGUAGCGCUGUCCAUUCCCCGGCCCACCGCCUCGCGAAUCUCCCGCCCGCCGCUUGCCCCCAGCCAGCCCAACCCCUCCAGCAUCACGGAGGCGGAUAUCGAGGCCAUGGUGGAGAAGAAGGUUAGUGAAAUCCUAGCCUCCAGGGCCGCCGCGCAGACCUCGGCGCCGGCACCGCUGCCUGUGCAGCCCGAGAUCAAUGAGGUGAUGCAGCGCCGCCUCGAAGCGCUCGAGCGCAGGAUCGAGGAGGAAGAUCGGCGGGAGGACGGCCGCUCAGACGGCCUACGAUACUUGCUAGCCGCGCGCCAGCACAAGGAUCGUGGUGAGGAUGCGGCCGCUCUCCGGAUGUACGAGAUGGCGUUGCCUUUCUUCCCCGGCCAGGCCAAGCUCAUGGGCAAGAUUGAAAGGCUGCGGGCCAAAUUGGGAAUCGAUCACGAAGACCCCGAGAACGCGAGUGUGAGCUCGGACAGGAAGAGGCGUCGGCGGGCAGAGGACGAUGACUUUGAAGCCGCCGAGGACGAUGAUUCGCUUGUGGACUACGCCUCGCCUCGACCCAAGAGCAGGAAGAAGAAGGUGGUCAAAGUCACCGUCAUGGAGGACGAGAAGGAGGAGGACGGGCCCGUCACCCCGCGGGCGCAGCGGCUACUUGACAUUAUCAACUCGAGGGAUCUGAUGCAGAUCAAGAGCCUCACGGGCUUCGGGCCCAAGAAGGCCAGGGAUCUCGUGGAUUAUCUCGAGUUCCUCCCCGAGCAGAGCGCAUCGCACAUCUCGUCGCUUGGUCAGCUCCGGGCUGUGCCGGGCAUGGGCGGCAAAAUGGUGGAGAGGGCGUACGAGGGCCUCGGUGUCGCACUUUAG